AGCACAUGGGUGGGUGGACGAUGACAAAGUAGGAAAAGGGAAGCAAAGACUUCUUAGCAAUAACUCUGUUAUUGCCCUUGCAGAACAAAAACAUCAAGUUUUUAUGUUCAUAGAUAAAAUGGGGGGUGAUCAACCAAACCUUCCUUUAGAGUUCAGCAAAAAAUAUCACAUAGCGCGAAAGAUUGGGACAGGCGUCUGUGGUGAAGUCAAGCUUGCCAUUGAAAAGGAAACCUGUAAAAAAGUUGCUCUGAAAACUAUAAACAAGAACGACUUCCCGUCAAUAGGCACGGCCACACGAAAUGCAGAGCGAGAAAUAGAAAUUUUAAAGAAAAUUGAUCAUCCGUGCCUGAUCAAGACAGAAGAUUUCUACCAGACAGAAGAUUCUUACUACAUUGUUUUGGAGUAUGUUGAAGGAGGAGAGCUGUUUGGCAGGAUCAAGGCCAAGAAACAGCUGGAUGAAGAAAUCGCCAAACUCUACUUUUAUCAAAUGCUCAGGGCUGUAGAGUAUCUUCACAAUAACGGGAUCAUUCAUCGAGAUCUCAAGCCUGAGAAUGUGCUGCUGGCUUCACAUGAUGACAUCUGUUUGAUUAAGAUUACAGAUUUUAAUCAGUCCAAGAUUUUGGAGGAAUCCUCCCUGAUGAAGACGCUCUGCGGGACGCCCACGUAUCUCGCCCCGGAGGUGUUCACACACGCUGCGACUGUAGGAUAUACAAAAGCGGUCGAUUAUUGGAGCCUGGGGGUCCUACUGUUUAUCUGUUUGGGGGGUUAUCCUCCAUUUAACACCGAGUGCUCCACCAUGUCAGUGCGUGAACAGAUCAUUAACGGCCAUUACCGCUUCAUCCCAUCUCAGUGGAAGAAGGUUUCAAAUGAAGCCAAAGAUUUGAUCAAGAAGCUCCUGGUUGUGGAUCCUGAAAAGCGUCUGAGCGUGGAAGAGGCACUGACACAUCCGUGGUUGACCGAUGACAAGAUGAGAAACACUGCUAACCAACUGAUGCAGUGUGAAACAUCCAAGAAACGCAAGGCAGAAGAGGCAGAGGGCGAACCACCAUCCAAGAGGAAACCUGGGCCUUGACUUGCACACGCUUUUAUUUGUUUCCUGGCAUUUUAAAAGCCCUUUCCUGCGACUAAUUCAUCCUGAACGUCUGAACACUGUACUGGCUUUGUAAAUAUUUAUUUCUACAUUUCCUGUGUCCAAAAUAAAAUGUUUUAAAAUUU